UGCUAUCCCAGAAAGGUCCUUUUAGGAUAGGAUAACGCAUUUCUCGUCUUCACAAACGUACGUACGGUCUCACUCACUCACUCGCACCACCGGACCUCACCUGCCGCGGCCAUGGAGUUGCUGCUCCUCCCUUCUCGAGGCGCCGCCACACGCCCGCUUCACCAACCGAGCCGGCGACGCGUCGCCGGCGUGUUCACCGCCCGGCCGGCGGCGGUGGCAAGCUCCAGCAACGUCGAGGUCAUCGACACCACCGCUGCGGCGGCGGCGAGGGGGGACGUCGCCAAGAACCGCCAAGAAUGGCGCGCGGCGGGCGGGCUCGGGCUCGGGCUCAACCUGUCGGAGGACAUGAGGCGCGGGAUGAUGUGGCGGAUGCUGGCGCCACCCGCGGCGGCGGUCGCGGCGGAGGCCGCGUUCCUGAGGGUGCUUGACGGCGCGGCGAGCGACGCGGCGCCGGCCUGGGCCGGCUCCGCGGGCUCCGCCGUGCUGUUCGCCGUGGGGCUGCUCGGUUUCCACUACGGGUUCCUGUCGUCGAGGUGGAACGCCGCGGAGAGGGGCUCGCUGGUGGGGUGGGAGCUCGCCGCUAGCCACUGGAGCGAACUGUCCAUGGCCAAGCAUUCCUCCAUAGACGACGAAGUGGACGACGACGAGGACGAGGAGGAGGAAGACGAAGAUGAGGAAGAAGUAGAAGAUGAAGACACUGACUAAUUAACUCGAUUUCACAGCACUUUGUUCGAUUAAACCAUGAAAUACUCAGUAAAGUGGUUUAAGACUUGUAGUCAGAUAUAUAUAUUCAGAUUAAUAGAGAUUGUAGUUGUACAUGACCGUUUUAUGCUAAAAGAACAUUCAACUCGCA